CUUGAUCACGCCGCGCUCCCUGGGACGCGCCCCCCCGCUCGACAGACGUCACCGAAGCCGCCCGCCUGCUCCUCCCCGGCGACCGAGUCGUCUCCCGGCGUCGCCCCACGCCCUCCUCUCUCUCUCUCUGUUGCCGUCAACUCCAACUCCACCCCUCCCCUCCUCCUCCCCGCCUUCCAAACCGCCGCUAGCACUGUCCCGGCCUCCGCCACCUCCGGCGGCGGAGCCAUCCGGCGCUGUCGCCCUUCCUCGCCCCUUUUCUCCCUCCUCGCGGUGUCGCCAUCGCCUCCCACGUCUGGUAUCUCUGGUAUCCAUACCGUGGCCUCACCACCCCAACGGACAACCCAACACCACCGCCGAAGUCACUGGUUUCAUUCUCUUAUCCUCUCUCUCUCUCUCUCAAGCACAUUGUUUGAGACAAGAUUUUGUCUUAGAUACCAUGUAUUCUGAUUUAGAAAGGUUGAUUAUGUUUCGUUUCAUACGCUAAUUGUCCUCCAAGGUUCUUUUCCCCCUCUUCGAUUACGAUGCGUAAAACCUUAGAAAAGGGUUUCAAAUCUAGGAUUUUUACCCUAUCCCAGCAUGCCUGUUCGACGAAGACAGCAUUGUGGGAAUCGCAGAUUAUUUUUAGUUCCAUUUCUGAUUCAUUUGCCCCGAAGUAUCGGUACAAAAAUGGGAUCUUCUUCUCAUCCGCUCCACCUCUAAACCCUUACCUUAACCCUAACCUGAGCCCUCUUUCGGGUUCCUUGUUUGAGGAAGGACGCGACUUUGAUGAUCCAUGGGCGAGGGAUGGAGAUACUAAUGCAGCACAAGAGGUUCCAAUGGGAGGUCUUGGUGAUCCUGGAGAAUUUGGUAAAGAAUCAAGUCCAGCUAGAGACCCUAGUAGUGAAAUCAAACCAGAUUCUGGCUGCCGUUUUGGUGAAUUUGAUGAUUUUGAUGAUGAGGGGGAUGAAGAUGGGGAAUCCAACGACCAAAUGGAGGGUGGAGAUGGGAAUGAUGACGACGACUUUAGGGUUUUAGAUAUAUUCGAUGGGAAUGCUGAUCUGAUGGAAGAAAGCAAGCACUUUGAACAGGAAGAGAAAGAUGUAUCAAGACACCCUCUGGUUAGAGAGGCAUGUAGGUUGAUUGGACUCCGGCAUGCUUGGAACCCGAACCUCGAAGGGGAGCUACGACAUCUGCUAAGAAGCCUUAAACCCCAACAUGUCAGUGCUGCCCUCCGUUCUCAGCCUGAUCAGCGUAUUGCCGUGAGCUUCUUCUACUGGGCUGAUCGGCAAUGGCGAUACCGACAUGCUCCGGAGGUCUACUAUACGAUGCUCGAGAUCCUCAGCAAGACAAAGCUGUGCCAGGCAUCAAGGCGGAUACUAAGGCUGAUGAUCCGCCGAGGGAUCAGUCGACAACCUGAGGCAUUUGCAUACUUGAUGGUCUCGUACAGCCGUGCCGGAAAGUUGAGGAGUGCAAUGAGGGUCUUGAAUUUGAUGCAGAAAGAUGGCUGUGGGCCGGAUCUUUCUAUCUGCAAUACUGCAAUCCAUGUGCUUGUUAUGGCUAACCGGCUGGAGAAAGCUUUGAGGUUCCUGGAUCGAAUGCAGCGUGUUGGUAUCACCCCUAAUGUCAUAACAUAUAAUUGCUUGAUAAAGGGUUUUUGUGAUGCUCGCCGGGUUGAAGAUGCGCUUCAGAUGAUCCAAGAGAUGCCUCUUAAGGGUUGCUUGCCAGACAAGAUCAGCUACUACACAGUGAUAAGCUUCUUAUGUAGAGAGAAAAGGGUUGGAGAGGUUAGAGAGUUGAUAAAGAAGAUGAAAAUAGAUGCUAGCUUGAUCCCUGAUCAGGUUACCUACAAUACGUUGAUCCAUGUACUUGCGAAGCAUGGGCAUGCAGAUGAGGCUCUUGAAUUCCUGAGGGAAUCAGAAGAGAAAGGGUUUCGUGUCGACAAGGUUGGCUACAGUGCCAUUGUGCAUUCUUUUUGUCGUGAUGGGAGGAUGGAGGAGGCGAAAGGGAUUGUGAAUGAGAUGUUUAGAAAGGAGUGUUUUCCUGAUGUCGUAACUUACAGUGCAGUUGUCAAUGGGUUUUGCCGGAUAGGGAAGAUAGAUCAAGCUAGAAAGAUGCUGAAGCAUAUGUAUAAGAAUGGCUGCAAGCCCAAUACUGUUACAUACACUGCCUUGUUAAAUGGGUUGUGCAGAAUUGGAAACUCAUUGGAGGCCUGGGAAAUGCUUAAUAAGAGUGAGGAAGAGUGGUGGACUCCAAACAGUACUACAUACAGUGUUGUCAUGCAUGGACUCAGGAGGGAGGGAAAGUUAAAAGAGGCUUGUGAUUUAGUCAUGCAGAUGUUGCAGAAUGGUUUUUUUCCCACCCCGGUUGAGAUUAACCUACUGAUUCAUGCACUCUGCAGGGAGGGCAAAGCCAGUGAGGCAAAGAAGUUCAUGGAGGAGUGUCAGAGCAAGGGUUGCACAGUUAAUGUGGUGAAUUUUACCACUAUAAUUCAUGGAUUUUGCCAGGAGGAUGAUUUGGAGUCUGCGCUCUCUUUGCUAGAUGACAUGUAUUUGACUAACAGGCAUCCUGAUGUAGUAACUUAUACAGUUGUGGUUGAUGCUUUGGGAAGGAAGGGAAGAUUUGAAGAAGCAACCGAACUCAUAAAAAAGAUGCUCCACAGGGGUUUGGUUCCGACACCAGUUACUUAUAGGACAGUUAUCCAUAGGUACUGCAAGAAAGGUAGAGUAGAAGAGUUACUCAAGCUGCUAGAGAAAAUGCUGGCGAGGCAGGAGUUUAGAACGGCAUACAAUCAGGUCAUGGAGAAACUUUGUGGAUGUGGUAGACUUGACGAGGCUUAUAAAGUCUUAGGAAAGGUUUUGAGGACAGCCUCAAAGACAGACGCUUUGUCAUGCCAUAUUUUGAUGGAUGGUUAUCUGACUAAAGGCCUUCCUUUGCAGUCAUACAAAGUUGCCUGCCGAAUGUUCCAGAGAAAUUUGAUUCCUGAUGUGAAAUUGUGUCAGAAAGUGAGCAACAAGUUGGUCUCAUUGGGACAUUCAGAUGAGGGUGGAAGGCUUAUGAUUAAGUUUGUUGAGAGAGGACUUAUGUUGCCUCAGCAUUAGUAGAUUUGCUCUUUGACAUGAAAGCUUACGAGGGUUGUUAUUUCGACAUUUGAAUGUACAGGAUGCUGGGAGAAGUCUUACUCAGAAAAUUCGGGGGUAGAAUUCAGCUGCAUGACUUGAAUGAUUUGAAUUUGCACAAAGAGACGGCUUGGAGUUUUAUUAUUCACGAUUUGACAAGGCAGCGCAUGCUGAGAAAGGUGAUGGAAGACUUCAUUCUCUUGCUUUAACAAGUUCUUGAAUUCUGCUUCUUGAAGCUUUUGGUGUGGCGGAUGAUCAUUCUCUUUGUAUGUAUAGAUCCACAUUCUGCUAUUUGUAAGUCAUUUAGAUUGACUGAAGACUUGAUGUAAUGCUUCCAGGAUGUUAUAAAGAAUGAGAUUUCUGAUUUUAGACUGAUACUAUUCUUAUUUCCAUUUUUCGUCAUUGGUCUUUCGAUUUUCUUGUCAAUUUUACUUGAUAUCUUAGUUUUCUCAUGUUGAUUACUGGUAUAUGUGGUGGCGAGAUGGGUGUC